GGCUGCAUCGAUGGAAUCCAUAUCGCGAUUUAUGCUCCUACCACAAACAAACACCUCUAUCUAAACAGAAAAGGAUUUUUUAGCAUAAAUGCAAUGAUUGCUUGUGAUCAUGAUAUGAAUAUCCGUUUUGUGGAUGCUAGAUAUGCUGGUUCUACACACGAUUCGUUCGUAUGGAACAAUAGUUCUCUAAAGGCAUGUUUAGAGGCAGCGCAUCAAAAUGGAGAUCAGAACUCUAUUUAUUUAGGUGACUCCGGAUACCCACUAAGCCCUUAUUUAUUAACACCUUUCCGUCAUGCAGAAUCUGGAACUAGGGAGUCAAUUUUUAAUAAGAAGCACGCGAAAGCGAGAAAUGUUGUUGAACGUACGAUUGGAGUUUUGAAAUGCCGUUUCAGAUGUCUUCUGAGUGAUAGAAAAAUGCGCUACGAUCCUGCUAAAGUAACAUCCGUUAUUAAUAUAUGCUGCGCCUUGCACAACAUUUGUAAAAAAUUUAGAAUCGGUGAUCCGGAGGAGGCUGAAACCUUCUUUGAUGCCGUUGUACCAUUGGAACCAAUUAAUGAAAAUGGCAAUGGUUCACCAGGAGAGCGCCGCAGAAGACAAAUUGCUGAUGCUCUGAUGUAAAUGAAACUAUACCGACUUCAGUGAAUAAUAUAUUGUAUUCUUUUAUUUUAUUCAAUACUUUGAAAUUCAAUAUUACAUAGAUAAUAAAUAUAUAAAAAUUACAAAAACUACAUGCUUUUAAAUUAAAUUAAAAAAAUCACAGAUUCAAU